CAAUAAUAUUGAUUCGAUUGCUAACAUUUUGAAAGAAGAUUUGAUAAACGUUUCUGAUUGGAUGAAGGCAAACAAAUUAAGCCUAAAUGCUAGCAAAACAGAAUACAUGGUUAUCGGUUCUCAUAAAAGGCUUCAUCAAACUCAAAGUGAUCCACCAAUCACUUUUAACAAACGAAUAAACUUUAGUACUGAUAGAUCACGGACCAGCAACGUAUGGUGA